ACUCAAGAAGUAGUAGAAGAAGAAACGGAAGUUGUCGGUAGCAGUAUCGGUGCGCGUGCAGACUGUAGCUGAAGCUGACCUGAACCCGAAGUUUCACCUGUUGAGCAGAAUGGCCAGUGUGGAGCAGGUGGACACAAUAGGACAGGUUCUGGUGGACCCAGGACUGAACCUGACCCGGCGGUUCAGAGCCUUAUUUACCCUGAGGAGCCUGGGAGGUGCUAAAGCUAUAACUUGGAUCAGUAAGGCGUUCACUGAUGAGUCUGCCCUGCUGAAGCAUGAGCUGGCCUACUGUCUGGGUCAGAUGCAAGACAAACAGGCCAUCCCCACUCUGACUGCUGUUCUCAAAGACACACAGCAGGAGCCCAUGGUUCGGCAUGAAGCAGGGGAGGCUCUAGGAGCGAUUGGUGAUCCUGUGGUUCUGGAUCUACUGAAAGAGUACAGCCAGGACCCGGUCAUUGAGGUUGCAGAGACGUGUCAGUUGGCUGUUCGUCGCUUGGAGUGGCUGCAGAAUGGAGGAGAGAAACAGUUGGAAGAAGAGAAGAGCACGGAUAAGAAUCCAUACCUCUCUGUAGACCCUGCUCCUCCUGCAGCGAGCAAGAGUGUCUCAGAGCUCCGCUCCAUACUCCUCGACGAGACUCUGCCACUGUUUGAACGCUACCGCGCCAUGUUUGCCCUGCGUAACCUGGGCAGUGAGGACGCCGUCCUGGCACUGGGAGAUGGCCUGCAGUGCUCGAGUGCUCUGUUCCGUCACGAGAUCGGCUACGUCCUGGGUCAGAUGCAGCACCCGGCAGCCGUCCCGUCCCUGAGCGCAGCCCUGGAGCGUCCCGAAGAGAACCCCAUGGUCCGACACGAGGCGGCAGAGGCCCUGGGCUCCAUCGGCAAAGACGACUGUCUGACCGUGCUGCAGCGUUACCGUGAAGAUGAAGAACGUGUCGUCAAGGAGAGCUGCGAGGUGGCUCUGGACAUGCUGGAGUACGAGAACAGUGAACAGUUCCAGUACGCAGACGAGCUGGUCAGGCUACAGGGUUAACGCUGGGGGACUUUGACUCUGAUCCCUCGGACAAUUCAGCGCUUUGUUUUUGAAAUUGCUGAAGCUUUAUAGUAUGAAAUAUGUGGGGAAAAGGAAAAGCUACAAUUAUAACAAGAGUGAGCUCGUAGAGGUUUGGGAUGAGGGUGUUUCUGUCACAGGACUUUGUUUUCUUUCAUCUCAAAGAUUCUGCUGCAUUCAGAUGAGGAAAAGUCAUCCUAAUUUUGUUGUUUGGUUUUGUUUUGUUUUUUUGUCUAAUGUAAUUUCCCCAACAAAUCCAUUUGACGAUAGUAUCUUUACACUGUUUAUGUUGUGUAACAGCUCAUUGUUAAUUUAACACCACUGUUUUCUGUGCCUCCACGCAUUUAUUUUCUUUUAAACUUUUAUGCCAAAUUUCCUUUUUGUUUGUUUUUUUCCUCUGGAGUUGUAUGUGACUGGAAAUAAUACAGUAUACUAUAUAGACCAGUUGGAGGGAAUAUUCAAUUCCUUUAAAAUGUAAUGUUGUAAAGAUUGGAGAGGAGAAAAGCAUCACAGAAGCACUGCAGAAAAAGCCUAAACAUGACUCUGAUCAGGAUAAGAGAGCUAUGAAGAAAAUGUCACUCACCCAGGUUGAAAGACCAGAAACACCUGAUAAGUUCCUGCACUGAGGAUGUUUUAAACAACUGGGACCUGGAGGUUAUGUUUGCUUACAUAACCAAACAAAAACAUGAUAUAAAUAUUGUUAUUCUAUGUACAGACCACUGUAUUGAUCCCCUUAGGGAAAUUAUUUUUCUGCAUUUGACCCAUCCUAGAAUUAGGAGCAGUGGGCUGCCACACUGAGGAACGCCCGGGGAGCAAUGAGGGUUGGGUACCUUGCUCAGGGGUACCCCAGCCCUUUUGACCUGGUGGAGACUGGUGACCUUCCCGUUACAAGCCAAGUUCCCUUUUCACUUGGCCACGGGCUGCCAACAGCUGAAUGGGUUUGAUGGAGCUGCUUUACUGUAACACCCUCCUCACUAUGUCUUAAAACGAGGGCUGCAACAAUUUGAAUGAUUAAGAGUUAAGAAUUUCGAUAAAAAUCAAUUCCAAAAAGAUUGAGGUUGGAGUCAUGAUUUUAAUCUCAAAUUUGUCUCAGAAUUCUUUAAUCUCAGAAUUAAGUUGUUUUUUUUUUUUGUUUUUUUUUUAAAUCAGACUCUGGAGGAUUCGGUGAAAAAUAAAAAUAAAAUAAACACCUCA